GACGCCGUGAAACGCGUGCGACUGCCGCCGCAUCAGAUUUAAAAAAUUGGCAUUUCUCGAAAAAUAGUGGUUUGAUUACCAACAGCCUGCAUAAGGUUGCAAAAAAAAAAAAAAUGAGCAGCAAUGAUGGUGUGACGGAAGAUGAUGACUUUGUUGACUACACUUACCAUUCUGAAUUAGAUGAUUUGGAAACCCCUCCCAGGUAUCGACCAGAAAGUGUACAAUACUUUUGUCGAACAACAGGUUUCUCAGAAUCAGAAAUAAAAAAAAUUUACCGAAAUUUUAAAACGGAAUGUCCAACAGGUCUCAUAAAAGAAGACACAUUUCGUGGUAUUUACUCCCAAUUUUUCCCACAAGGAGCAAAUACUAGUCAAUACGCUCACUAUGUUUUCCAAUCGCUUGACCACGAGAGAAAUGGUAUUCUAAAUUUUGAGGAUAUGGUGCAAGGCCUUUGGACAUUAUCUCGAGGAACAGUCGACGAUAAACUCAGAUGGGCAUUUACACUGUAUGAUUUAGAUGGUGAUGGGCAUAUAUGUCGAGAUGAGAUGACACGUGUGGUAACUGCUGUUUAUGAACUAAUGGGUAAAUUUGCCGAGCCGUGGCUAAAAGACGGCACGGCGGUAGCUGCUCACGUGGAUUUGGUAUUCCAGAAAAUGGAUCUUAAUUGUGAUGGACUGGUGUCUUUCGAGGAGUUCAUGGAGAGUUGCAAAGGUGAUGAGAACAUAACUCGUGCAAUGGUUUCAAUGUAAUCAUAAUGACCUUUAACGCUAACAUUUUUAAAUAUUGAAUAGAUAAACGAUAGUCAGAUGCUGUCUUUUAGUUUGACUGGUUGAUAAUGAUAUAUUUCACCAGUUUUAAAAUUGACGUGAAAAGUCAUAAUUUCAAUAAUUUAUACAACAAAAGUAUAAAGUUAUACCAAGGCUUAAGUACAAAAUAGAUUUACUAAGCCAUAAUUUCUUUAUAUUUUAUAUACAUACAGUACUUAACAUACGUUAUAAUGUAUGUUGAACAUUGUACAUAUUAAUAUGAGGUGUUAAUAUGAAAUUUUGAUAUACAUACAUUUAUUAUUUUGUCAAAUUUUUAGUGAACUUAAUCUUUUAAUAUUAAAAAGGCAAAACAAAUUUUAUGCCACCAAUAUUCUGACGAACUUUCCUCUUUUAAAAUGGUGAGUGCUUUAUAAUUUAAUGAUUAAAUAUAUUGAAAAGUUGUGUUACGGUACAUAGUUGUAAUCUAUGUACAAAAUAUAAUCAUGAUAAUAAUGAUGAUGUGAUUUUAUAUAAAUUUAUAAAAAUAGGUGUGAUUUUUACACAGAAUAAGCAUUGAGUUUGCAUUGUUUACCUGAUAAUAAUAUAAACAGCAAUGAUUAUUACAUGUUCAUAUAUUUAUCAAUACAUUUCAAGUAUAUCAUUUGUUAUCAAUUAUCGUUAAUCCGGCGAACAGGGUACGAGAAAUAAUAAUUAAAAAUAUUAAAUAAUAAUUGACGGUAUUUGAAUUAGAUUUGUUUUUUGUCUGUUUUAUUUUUAUUGUAAAAUAAAAAAAUAUUCCAUUAUAACUAAUUGUAUUAAUUAUUGAGAAUUACAUUUCAAAUGAAUUAUUUUUUCAAAUAAUAAUAAUAAUAAAUUGUUAAUCACCUAGUCUGUUCGUUGUACCAGGGUUUUCUAUAGGGAUGGAGAAUUUCAGUAAAUUAACCAUUUAAUUAAUAGUAUAUUAAUUAAUUUGUUAAAUGAUUUUUUUACUAAAAUUCACCACUCUUAAUUUUAUAUAUAUCAUUUUUUUCAAUCGAAUUUGUGUUGCUCAAAUUACUAUAUUGGAAUUAAAACCAAAAUCAUCAUUUUAUUUAUCAGUUAUCUCAGCCAAUUUUGAAAAAAUGAUUUUUUGAAAAUAUUCAACUUAUAUCAAGUUAUCACGUUAUAAUUUAUUGAAAAAUAUUAAAAUAACUAAACUAUAGAUUAAUUUAAAAUGUUUUGAUUAAAAUACAUUUUUAAAAAACGCUUUACUUACAUUUCUUUUACAUCAAAUCAUACAUUUAAAUUUAGUUGAAAAGAUUAUCAGUUUGUAAUUUACUGUUGUAAUGAUAAUAUGAAGUUUAUCUAAAUGAGUAUGCAUAAGUUAAGUGCAAAUUUAAUUUGGGUUAGUGUAUAUUAUUACAAAAUUAAAAACUAAAAAUUGGUACAACGACUGUUUUAAAAAUUAAAAAAAAUGGAGUUUAUUUUAAAAAUUUUAAAUUUAAUUACAAAUUGACUAAAGUAAAUGAGUAAUUUUAAACAUGAAACAAAUUUUCUUAAAAUUAAGUACAGUCACGAGGCUUUAAUCAAACAAGAAAUAUAGUACCAUUAAAAUUUUUAAACUCUAAGGUGAUUAUACAAUUGUAUUUAUUUUUAAAUACAAUUAAAAAU